AUUUAUUUUUUUUCCACUUAUUAUUCAUUAAUUUUUUAACUUAUUAAUUUUUUAUUUUAAGCGUCUCAAAAAUUUUUAUAAUAUUAAAUUUUAUUAUUAUAAAAAAAUUGCCAAUCAAGACUUGUUAUAAUUAGUAAAAUAAUUUUAAUUAUUCUAGGUUUUUUAAAAAUUGUCAAACUAAUUAGAAUUUAUGGCUGAAACUAGUGUUGAUAUAGAAAACCGUAGAUUCCCAUUCUGUGUGGUAUGGACACCAAUACCGUUUAUUAGUUGGAUCUUUCCACUUAUUGGUCACAUGGGAGUUUGUACAUCCACUGGUGUUAUACGUGACUUUUCUGGAUCAUUUUAUGUUGCCGAGGAUGAUAUGGCUUUUGGACCACCCACUAAAUAUUGGCAAUUAGACGUAACAUCUAUUUCUGGUGGAGCCAAGGCUUGGGAUAAAGCUAUUAAUGAAGCAUCAAUAGAAUAUUUCAACAGAAUGCAUAAUUUAUUUUGUGACAAUUGUCAUUCACAUGUUGGUAUGGCAUUAUCACUUGUAACCUAUGGUAAAAGUAAAAACUGGAAUAUGUUCAAGUUAGCUUUGUAUACGUUUCUAUUUGGAAAAUAUGUGAGUUUUAAUGCAUGGUUGAAAACAUGGGGACCUUUCAUUGCAUUUUUGUCCUUAUUUUUGGCACUUUGUCUGUUUUAUAAUUAACAAGCUGCCAAAUAUUGGUAAUUCAAUGGAUAUUACUAUAUAUUAAAUACUUAUUGAAUGUAAAAAAAGAAUUAUUAUUAAGUUACUAAUAAUGUGUAUCUAAGUAAUUGCCUAUACAACAAUUUGUGUAAAUUAGAAGAAAGUUUUUUACUAGUUUGUUUGUUGCAGUAGCUAUUUAUUGUAAUACUAUUAUAUAAUGAAUCUAAAAGUGCCCAUACUUCUCAUUAAACAAAAACAGGGUGCAUUACAAAUACAUUUUAAGUUGUGUUUACCAAAUUUAAGACUUACCAAUUGUCUAGUAGUAUUAAAAAUCAAUUCAUCAAUUUAAAAUAGACCAUAUUUGAUGAAUAUGUUAAAACCCUCAUGGAUUGAUCUAUUUGUUUGAUAAUUUUCGGAUUUAUCUAUGUUGUCAUUAGUUAGAGGUCGUUUCAAACCCAUUUCAAAGUUACUGCAACCUAUUUAUAAAUACUGGUUGGGUCAAUCCAAUAAUAAAAGAAAAUAUUUGGCAAUUUUUUGAUUUGUGUAAUUACUUAUUACAUAAUAUAUUUGAUUUUGUAUACUAUUUUUAUUUUAAAGUAAUUUUAAAUCUACAACUUAUUGCGUAUGAUUUUUUUAAGGCCAAAGCACUUAUUACAUGUACUUUUAAAUUAGUUCUUAAGCUUGUAUAAUUAAUAUUAAUACAUUACAUUUUUAUUUAGCAAAAGCAUAACACGAAUGCAUGUAAAAGUAUUAUUUAUUUUAUCAUAAUAUUACUUUGUAUGGCAAAACUUUAAAACCACCAUUUGAAACAAUUAUUCUAAAAAAAAGUUCACAUUUUAAUUUUAGUUUUAUAAUUUACUAAGGUAUUUUUGGUGAUUUAUAAUUAUCCAUUGAUUAAGUUUGCUUAAAUCUGUGGGGGUAACACAAUUUCAGGGCUCACUAUUAAUGUAUAAAUGCUUUUAUGUCCUCUACUAAAAAAAGAGAUGAUUACUCUGCAAUGCAUGAGUGAUGGGCAACAUCACAGUUGAGUUGUUAACGAGCUAACAGAAAUUACAAUAGAAAGAAUCCAAUAAUGGACAGAACGGUCUUACCAACUGAAAGAAAUCCAAUCAGCAUAGGGAAAUCAUCUCAUUUCUUUAGAGGCAAGUGACUAUCCACUUUAAUAAUGUAAUUAUUUUGAAAACAACCCUGUCAUUAUUAUGUAUAAAACAAAAUUCUAUAAUCAUUAAGAGGUUUUAUUUUAUCGACAUAUUUUACAUCAUCUCUAGUGUAUACUAUUUAAGAAUUAUUAUAUUAAUAUUUGUUUAAGUAUAAAUUUCAUUCCUCAACAACAACUCUCAAGACGUCAGAAGAAUUCACUUUUUUUUAAUGUACAUACAUUUUAAUUAAAAAAAUAUAUAUUUGAAUAAAUGUAAUGUCUUUAAAAUUCUUUGGACAACUAUUUAAUAAGCAAAGUAUUGUAUAAAAAUAAUAUAGUUACAGUAAUUUCUAUACAUUAAUUAAUAAAUAAACACAAAAUAGAACUUAUCAAUAGUGUGGUUAAAAUAAUGUGCUAACUUAUUUGUUUGUGUGCUUUUUUUUGAAUUUAAAUAAUAAAAUGUAAGAAUAGUAAUU